AUGGAGGGCAAGCCUCAGGCGCUGGCGGCGGCGGCGUGGCGCGCGCGGCCGCAGCUGUGGCUGGCGCUGACGCACACCCUGGCUGCGCUGGCGCCGCGUGCCGCCCUGCUGCCUGCGGACCUCUGUGAGUGUAACCCUGAACAUUGUGCAUAUACACUGGAUGGAGGGCAGGCCUCAGGCGCUGGAGGCAGCGGCGUGGCGCGCGAGGCCGCUGCUGUGGCCGAUGACACAGUACCCUUGCCUGAAGACGAGGAGCUGCACGGGUUCCUGCCUCUGGAAGAAGCUUUCAAAGGCCUGAAGUUUUCCUAUCACACCACGUGGGACACCUACGGUGGCAGGCUGCCUGAACUGGAGGCGGGUCAGGAUGGUGAUACUGGUAGUCCAUCGGGCAUCGCCACGUCGUGCUUCACCAGCGAACCGGAGUUGGAGGACAAAGUCCGGGCGUAUCGGCUCGUGAAGCUCGGCAAGCGGCUCGCCGAACAACAUUCCGAACAGUUCUCAUGCAGCACACAAGAAGACGGUUCUAUAACAUUCGCGGCGACUACAUCGGGCGGGGAGCAACUGACACGCGCUCUAGCGGAGUUGGCUAUGGUCGCGAAAUCGGACCCAUCGGAUGACAAGUCGGCCGACGAGUUGGACGAUAGCGAAGACGAACGACCGCCACCUCCGCCGCCCGUUAUUAUAUCCGAAGCUGACUUUAGGGAGAAAGUUCGCGAAAAGCGUGUGGGUAUCUUAAAACCGCAGGGUUCGUUGGAGCGUGCCCGCGAAGAACGAGCUCUCGCCACCACACAAGAGGAACAGGAGGUUGAAGAUGAUGGUAGCAAAGGCGAAGACAAGAAAGAAGCGCGCAAACCACGCGUUAACAUUGCGAUGGCGGCAAUCAUGCGCAAGCAGGAAGAGACCAACAAACAGGUGAAAUUUGUGUCACCACCGCCAACUCCAGAUUCAACUGCAGAUGCUAGUGAAUCGGCUACAAAAGAAACAGAUAAGCCAAAAGUUGUCCAGCCAAAAGCCAUAAAGUCUCUUAGUAACUUGCCUAUUGGCAGAAAAACUGGUGGGAUUCUUUCACUCAAAGAUAAAUCUGCUGGGUAUCCUCAUUUGGUGAAUACUGACCCUGAGCCACCCAAGAAAACUGAUAAGGAAGAGAAAAAGGAACCCAAACCCAACCAGAGCACCAGUCAAAAUUCCCAAGGAUAUCAACCGAAGUGGCAGGAGCCCCCACCUCAAGCCAACUGGACCAAUAUACCAGCUCAGCCGUUUAACGAACCGCGCAUGGGCUUUCAGAAGAACUACGGCAUCCAAAACACGGGCAUUAGCUACAAUCCUAACUACCAAGGUGCUCCAGGAUUCGGCCAGGGGAUAAGGCUGCCAGUAGUGAAUCCAAAAGAGAUUGAUGUUAGGACAGCAGCGCUUCAAAAGCAGAACUCCCGGCCAGAGUUAUUCCAAGAAGGACAUAAGUUCACAAACCAUGGAUAUCAGAUGUCUGGGGACAAGAAGAACUUCCUGAAUGACCUUCCACCACGUUUCGCAAACCAGUACAGAUAUUGGCAGAAUGCUCAAGAGAACCAGGCCAAUGAAAACAAGUUUAGAGACGAUAGUUUUAAAAACAACACAUUUGAACAGCAGCAGCAACCCCAACGCAACUGGUCAAAUCCCCAACCUGAAUACCAGCAGCCAUUGACUUGGUGGAAGCCAGAAAACCCACCCGUAUACAACACAAACUUCUCAACUCCAACCAUGAAUGUACAGCCCAACUUCUUCUCACCACAUGUAGCUUCCAACACACCAAAUCCUUACUUGAAUUUAUCGUAUAAUCAUAACCAAGUAGGACAGAGCAAACCGGACAGUAUCGGAUCAAAUUGGCCAACGAUUGGCCAAACACAAAUGCCAACUCUGCAGAACUUGGUCACCUCACCCAAUUUCAAUGCCUCUUUGAACAGCUUUGGAGCGUACACGCCUAGUGUUGGGUAUGAUUCGUCGAUGUAUCCCCAGUUUAGCAACAAACUUGGAUACCAGCCGGUGCAGAUGAAGGUGAUGGACAAGCAGUACCAGGGUAAAGAGACGGAUGAGUCGGUGAACUUCAGCUCAAAUAUAAUGGAAUUGCAGCAAAGGAAUCUGAACUAUAAUAACAACAUAAAUCAAGAUGUCGGCGGUGCCGCUAAUACAUUGGAACAGACCCGCGAAGCUACGAGUGCAGCAACUGGCAACACGUACUCGUUGUUCAGCGCAGCACCUGAUCCCGCCGCUUGGGCCCAAAGACAUCUGCAUCAGUCCUUGUGGUCCGGGCCUGGCCCCUCUCCUCUCGAGAGACUCUUGGAGCAGCAGAAACAGAUGAAACAACCGUCAACACCGCAAUGA